AUGGUAGUGUCGAACAUUUUUCUAUUCGUUCUUCUUAAUCUCUAUGUCGUUCAAGGAGAUAAUUGUCAAUACUCAACUAACGAUGGAACAUUAGAUUUGAGACUUUUUGGAUACAAAGAUCGACCAAAAUAUACUGAUAUGCAUGAUACAACUCCAAGAACUUUUCUGACAUAUUCAUUCAAUGGAUGCUUUCCUUACUCAACAAAAGAUGCCUGUCAAAAUGCUGCUGCUUGCGUUACUGAUGACAUAUCAAAAACAACUAGUUUACUUGCGCGUCAAACAAACCGAGACUUUUCGUACAAUCAAGGCGUAUCGACAAUCAUUUAUACUGACGGUGGAGAUAUAAAACUACAAGUUUUUCUUGUUUGUGGCGUAGACGAAGUAGUUUCGGCUCAAAAAGUCAAUGACAAAUUGUAUAUCAUUCACAUCGAAAGUAAAUGUGCAUGUCCAGGCAAAUGUACUUACACGCCUGAUAAAUCACCGAAUGGUUUAACUGGCGGAGCAAUUUUUCUUAUUGUUUUCGUGUCGAUUCUUGUCACGUAUUUACUUGUCACUGUUGUUUUUCUACGAUUCGUUAAGCAUGAACAAGGAGUUAAUCUUAUACCUCAUCGAACAUUUUGGUGGCAAUUGGGGAGUCAUUCGAUAUACGGCGUAAGAUUCGUUUUCGACAAACUCCGAGGACGAAAUUCCUACGACAAUCUUUGA